GGAGGAAAAGGAGGCAUUCUCGGCUGAGUUUGCUAGGCUCCCUAUCCCUGUAUGCUUCACGUGUGCCCGAAAUGGCAUCUCAAAGCUCAGUCCCCUACGCUAUCAAUUUUGGCAAGCACUGGGCAAGACUGAAAUUCACUGGUGAUGGCUCUGCGCCAGACAGAGAUUACGUUGCUGAACAGUUAUUAUUCCAGUCCUCCUGGGUGAGUCCCACAGACAUUUACUCAUUCAUAGCACUGCCCAACAGGAAAGACUUUGAGUUGGUCUUCUACAAUGAAGCACCCCUUCGACGCUUCCUUGAAGUUGCCUCCGCCAAGUCAAACGAUGUAAAAUGGCGUGACUGGAGUAUUGAGUCUUCUGUGGCUGUAGAUGUCAUGACAAUCGUCGUAAAGUUCUGGACGGGCAGAGUCUCCGAUCAUGACAUUGAGCUCUAUCUAAAACGGUAUUGCGACAUCAUUCAGUCAGUUUAUAAGCCUCUCGACAAAUUCGGCAUAUGGUACGGAGUUCGCAAAUAUAGAAUCCGCAUGCAUGUCAACACCUCUGGUCAACUUGUUGAUUUGCCAAAUUCUAUAUCCCUGGGUCCAUACAAUGGCCGAAUUAUAUACACUGGUCAGGUUACUAAGUGCUUUAUUUGUCAAGCAACUGACCAUCAAGUGAAAGAUUGCCCUACUAUGAAGUGCUGGCGAUGUGGAAGCCUGGGCCACAAAGCCUCCACCUGCCAAAACAACAGUACAUGCUCUCUGUGUGGUGAGAAGGGACAUACUUUCUUCAAGUGUCCUAAAUCCUUCGUCAAUAAAAUCAAGGGCCUCUCUCAGCUGGGAAACACCGCCGCUCCUCCCCUCCGCAGUGACUCCCAGCAACAGCCUGGAACACAGCAAAGGCAGCCCGCAGACCAGCAGCCCGAAGGGUCGCAACAACAACCAGCGCCCCAGCAGCCUGGAGGAUCGCUCCAACAACCAGCGCCCCAACAGCUUGGAGGAAUGCAGCGAGAGACAACUACCCAGCAGCCUGGAGGACCGUCACAACAACCAGCGCCCCAGCAGCCUGGAGGAUCGCUCCAACAACCAGCGCCCCAACAGCUUGGAGGAAUGCAGCGAGAGACAACUACCCAGCAGCCUGGAGGACCGUCACAACAACCAGCGGCCCAGCAGCCUGGAGGAAAGCAGCGAGAGACAACUACCCAGCAGCCUGGAGGACCGUCACAACAACCAGCGGCCAAGCUGCAGCUGCAUCUCACUCAACCCACCUUGCAGACCAGGAACCCCCCUCCUGAAGUCUCCCUUCAAUCAGGUGAGGAAAAAGAUUUGAGUAUAAGUGGCAUAGAAAGCAUGAGUGACGAUAGUGAUGGCGAUGAAAAUGAGGAAAACGAACAGAGUUAUGAAAGUGCCAGUGAGAGUCCUAGUUCAGAUUUUAGCUCUACCGGGCUGACAGCCGGUCAGCGGGCCAGCAGCACCCCCGCUGCUGAUAACGCUGACUCCGCUCCAUGUGACAGUAACUCGGGCUCGUUCUCUACGACACCAGAGUUUCCUUCUCCAGAGGUUCAGCAUGACCCUUCAUUUGAGGAAGUUAAAAAGAGAAAAAAAAGAAAUCGUACUAUAACAUAUAAAGAAAAUAAACGUGUGGAUGUUAAACCUUCACCAUAGGCUUAGUCUCUCCCCAACAACAUCAUGUCCUGUUUAAAAAUAUCCACCUGGAACGCCCGUGGCAUCCAGUCUAAAGCUUUUAGAUCUACGAAAUUGAAAUAUCUUUUAGACACAGAUUUUGAUAUUCUGUGUGCUCAAGAGCUCAGACUGAAUACCCGUAAUGACGUCACUGAUGUGUGUAAUAUGUGGAACAAAGGACUGAGUAUAAUAUCUAUUGGGGAAAGCAGAGCCGAUGGUGUUGGUAUAUUUUUUAAAACCAAUGAUGUUGUUAUAAUUCGAAGAAGAGAUUUAAUCCCAGGUAGACUUCUUAUGAUUGACUGUUAUUAUAGGGGUGAAAAAUACCGUGUUAUUAAUGUGUACACUGCUCCUGAUAGAGUCAGAAAAAUGCAAUUAUUUAAAAGACUUAGAGAGCUUUUAACAGUAGGCUAUAAAGUUAUUGUGUGUGGUGAUUUUAAUACAGUCACGGAUAAAAAUGAUAUAGUUAGUUUCAAUGUUUUUAAACUACUAAGGGAAGGUAAGCUUUUAAAAGAAAUAUGUGAUGAAACUAAAUUAAUAGACGUGU